ACCUCUACAGCUAUUAUUAAUAGACGAAACACAGAGAGAUUUUCCAUACAUCUGCAAACCAAGUCAGUUUAAGUUUGAGAGAAUGGGAGACAUCAAAGAAAUCCGUGAUGCUGCUUUAGCUUAUUACCAUAAUUUGUCUGAAAAGCAAAAGCAUGAGGUGUAUACCUUUUUUCAAGAAAUAGAUACAGAUGGUGAUGGAACAAUAACCAUGGAGGAGUUCGAGCAGCUGUUUGAGGGUAGUUACGGCGACCAUGUCAACCGUACCUUCCAGGACCUAGACAAAAAUGGAGAUGGCAGUUUGGAUUUUGAGGAAUCUGUCACUCUUUACUACUCUCUUAUGACUCAGAAGAUUAUUGGUUGCGAUGGAUGCAAAACCCCUUUUCUAAAGGGACUGUAUUUCACUUGCGUGGAGUGCUUCGAGCAUAACCAAACUACAACUUUUGAUCUUUGCACCUCCUGCUACCGCAGCCGUAACUACGUUCACGAACACUGCAACUUUUUAGACAACUACGCCUUACUGCGUAUCAAGGCUGCUUAUAACAAUUCUGGAUCGACAAACCAGCCAACAAGCUCGGCAAAGUCGAUUGAUGGAUAUGAUCUUGAGAACUAUGAAGUUCCUCGAUCGAGAUCUAAAAAAGUAGCAGCUCUGAAAGCCUUCACUACCGGUGUUGAAAUCGGAAAUGCUGUGGGAAAUAUUGCUGUUGCCACUGGUUCAUGCAUCAUUAUGUGAUUAAUUGCAAUUGCAUGAAUGCUUGGAUCAAUGUCUGGUGUUGGCAUACUUGGUGUUGGUAGCUAGCCUGCUUUAGUGCGACCAAGUCUCUGUUUAUGGUCCUGCAUGUUGUUUGUAAUAAUGUUGUUAAAAAUGUUUAGUCCGGUAAGACAUCAUUGAAAUGCAAACAGUGUUUGAACUUUAGAAUCUUAAUAUUUUGGUACCUCCAAUUUUAUA